AUGGUGCGGAAUUAUACCAGGAAGACAGAUCGAGGGAAAGUCCCGGAUGAGAGCUUUGAAAAAGCCUAUGAAGCUGUCAAGACCAAAACCAUGUCUUUGCGGGAAGCAGUUGUAGCCUUCGAGAUCGACAAAAUGACAUUGUUUAGAUUUAUAAGAAAAAAAGAUGAAUCGCAAGGUCAAACCGUUACAAUGGGGUAUACCAAACGAAGAAAAAUUUUUCCAGACCAAUUAGAAUCUCAACUCGAAGAGUAUAUAAUACACUCUUCAAAAAUCUACUACGGAGUUACACCACAAAACAUCAAAGUUUUAGCUUACGAACUUGCUAUGGCUAAUAGGAAUAUCAUUACAUUACCUGAUUCAUGGAUUAACCAUAAAAUGGCUACAAAGGACUGGUUUAGCUUAUUUAUGAAAAGACACCCUAGACUAUCAAUCAGGGAGCCUGAGGCUACGAGCCUUAGUCGCGCUACCAGUUUUAAUAAAGUCAAUGUUGAUCUAUUUUUUGACAAUUUGAAGAGUACUUUAGAUAAAUACAAAAUUGAACCUAAGGAUAUUUGGAAUAUUGACGAAACCGGUGUGCAAACAGUUCAGAGGCCAAACAAAAUCGUAGCUCAGAAAGGAGUACGCCAAGUAGGGAAAGCUACGUCAGCAGAAAGGGGGCAGACUGUCACUAUGGUAUUGGCUGUCAGUGCCAUCGGCCACUCAGUUCCUCCAAUGUUAGUAUUCCCAAGAGUAUUCUUCAAGGAUCACUUCAUCAUUAACGGGCCACCAGGAUGUAUUGGAACUUCCUACCCAUCCGGAUGGAUCACAUCUGAAUCGUUUUUGACGUUCAUUAAACAUUUUCACGGCCACGUAAGAUCUAGCAAGGGCAAUCCCUGCUUGUUGGUUUUGGAUAACCAUGAAUCACACUUAUCUAUUGAAGUGCUCAACUUCUGCAAAGAAAAUGGUAUCGUCAUGUUGUCUUUUCCCCCCCACACUUCUCACCGCCUGCAACCGCUUGACAGGUCAGUUUAUGGGCCUUUCAAAAGAUUUUACUUCGCUUCAGUCGACGACUGGAUGGUCAACAAUGCAGGGAAAACUGUAACAAUCUACGACAUUCCUGGCAUAGUAAAGAUGGCACUCCCUAGAGCAAUAAAUCCUACAAAUAUUAUAUCUGGUUUUCAAGCAACAGGAAUCGCGCCAUACAACAGAGAAGUGUUUACUGAGAAUGACUUCUUGUUCAGCGCAGUCACGGAUAGAGAGAUGACUUCACAAGACAGCACUGUCAAGACUUCUCAAGCUGGGACAAGCAACGCUGAUGGUCUACACUCCAAAGUGAACCGAACUGAGACUACAACUGCAAUUCCAUCUACAAAUAAGGAUGUUUCUGUAGGCGUAUUCACUGUAAGCCCUCAAGAAAUCCGCCCCUACCCUAAAGCUCGAGAGCGAAAAAAUAUAAAAAAAGGGAGGAAAUCUUUAAAAUUCGCUAUCCUUACUAGCACACCAGUUAAGGAGAGGCUGGAAGUGGAAGCCAAAAAAAGGAAGCUAAAAUGGUAG